CACCGCGUCACGACUUCCACAAGAAUGGCCUCUCAGCGCGGAACAGACUCGCCUUCUCAGGGUGACCAUUCCGUUCGCUUUAGUACACAGAACCAGGAGAUUGAGCCCGAACCCAACUUGUCGCCUGUCCGCUCUCUUACUGGCCAUGAUGCACAGAGGGAGAAUCUGUCACCCGAGGCAGAAGAGGAGCUGAGACAGCUCAAGACGACGCUCCAGAAUGGCUUGCAGUCCAAGCGCAUGGAGCACUACUCAUUCGAGCCUGUGUCAUUGCCAGGCUCGCAGCCAGUUUCCAGGUCUAACAAAAGACCCGUGAUGCCAGCAGGUUCCGCACAUCCCUCUCCUCGCCCUUCACCCCCUGCUUCUACCUUCCACUCUCCGCCUCUAACUCCAUCGGCAUCCCGCUCUCGCGAAGGAAAGCCCGCCGCCAGCACAGCUGCUUCCGUGUCUCAGCUGGCAAAAGCAAGAGCCGGCGGAGACAUCAUGACUCCUCAAAUGUCGGCAUCUCAGCCUGGUUCACGGGUCCCAUCGACCGAUGAGACUGGUGUAUCCGCGCACCCUAGACAACAACCUCGCUUCUCCCUCGGUCCUGCUGGUGACUCUGUACCACCCUCGCGCGACCAUAGUCCCGUUGCUUCAGGAGCCAGCACCCCAACUGGUUCAGGAACAGUAACGCCUUCUGCUACGUACACAAAGCCAUGGCCACAAGGCGACAAAGACGACCCAUACGCCCGAAGCAAANGAGCUCCUCCCACCCGCAACGUAGAUUCCAUUGACGCCCGCUUCCGCUUUGGCAACAGAGACCCUCGCAAAGGACACAGCAAUUCUGGUACUUCGCUAGUUUCCCUCCCUGCAGCUACGACUAGCNUCGAGUUCAGCAAGCCUCAAGCCGUCGGAUGCCGACAAAGGACAAGUUUCUUUGGCGGCAAGAAGCAUGACCAUGGCCAUGAUGAUACCGUCAAGGAUAAGGACAAGUCUGCUUCUAAAGUCAGCUUGAAGCGCUUCUUCAAGAUUGGUGACAAGAAAGAUAAAAGUCGUGCAAAUUCGCCUGUCAGGAGCGGAACUUCUACACCAUCUGGUCAGUCCCAGAGCCUACCAUUUGCCGACGAUCAUGGUUUGGCUUCCAAGUACGGCAAGUUUGGCAGAGUACUCGGCUCAGGAGCUGGUGGAUCGGUCAGGCUCAUGAAGAGAACUGCGGACGGCAAAACCUUUGCGGUCAAACAAUUCCGUGCCCGCCACACGUACGAAAGCGAGAGGGAGUAUAACAAGAAGGUCACAGCUGAAUUCUGUAUCGGUUCGACACUCCACCAUGGCAACAUCAUUGAAACGAUCGACAUUAUUCAUGAAAAGGGCAACUGGUUCGAGGUUAUGGAAUAUGCCCCUUUCGAUCUCUUCGCUAUCGUCAUGACCGGCAAGAUGUCUCGCGACGAGAUCACCUGCUGCACCUUACAGAUCCUCAGUGGUGUCCUGUACUUACACAGCAUGGGACUUGCGCAUCGAGAUCUGAAGCUCGACAACGUCGUGGUUAACGAACACGGCAUUAUGAAGAUCAUCGAUUUCGGUAGUGCCGUAGUCUUCAGAUAUCCCUUCGAGAACGAUAUUGUGUUGUCUACAGAUCCAUAUCUUGCUCCCGAGGUUUACGACAACUCGCGAUACGACCCGCAACCCGCGGAUAUCUGGUCAAUAGCAAUCAUCUUCUGUUGCAUGUGUUUGCGUCGAUUCCCUUGGAAGGCGCCAAGGAUCUCAGACAAUUCAUACAGACUUUUCGUGUCACCUCCGGAUCCUGGUCAGGAUCAGCUUCUUGCCCAAUCUCGACAAUCUAUCAGCAACGGUUCUGGAAAGACAGAGAAUGGUGCUUCGACUUCGGGUGACCAACCCGCCCAACAGAUCAAGGGCCCACUACGUUUGCUUCGCCUACUGCCACGUGAUACUAGGCACAUCAUUGGCCGUAUGCUCGACCUCGACCCGCGCCGCCGUGCUACUAUGGAUGAAAUCCUCGCCGAUCCUUGGGUACAGAACGCCUAUGUGUGUAGACAAGAAGAAGGAGGAGAGUGCUAUCACGCCCCUGGUCAUACCCACGUCUUGGAGCCCGGCGGUGCGGCUCAAGCACCACCGAAGAAGUAA